AACACUUGAUUGGAAUAUUCGACGGUAAAUUCCCCCAAAAUAUUAUUUUCUUUUUGAAUAAAAUAAAUAAAUACGACCGGUUUCUUUUUUCAGCUCCUCAGAUAUUCCUUUGUUUUUCCCCCCUCCCCCAUCUCUCUAUAUAGCUCAAACUAAUCCGAACAAAAUCUCUUGAAACACCAAACCCGAUACACGUCAAAAGACAAAAAACGACGCCAUUUAGAAACAUUUAAUGGCUGCUUUUGUUCGAAGAAUAAAACGAGUUACUGACCCGCUCGAUGACAGAGUCAAGGCUCGACUCGUCGGCGUCAGUUAUAUCAGCAGCGGAAGCGAACACUCUGCUACCGCAGCCGAAGAUGACUCUCCUUGCCUCUCGGAACUCGUUCAUAGUUUCCUGGAAGACGACAAAGAGGCUGCUGAGCAAACUGGUUACAACUCUGACCCCGACCGAGUCGAUUCAAACCUUGAUACUACUGUGUUGAUCGAGAUCAUCAUCAAGUCAUCCGCUUUCGACAACGCGGACUCUUACAGGAAUCUGCUCAUGGCUCACGUUUUAAAAGCAAUGGAAAUGUUUUCUUUUUUCAAAACGGAUACAAGUACUUUCCGGCGUAAAAUAAUGGCUUAUCUUCGCGAGAUAGGCCACAAUGCGGCGAUCUGCAAGACCAAAUGGAGUUCCUCAGGAGGCCUAACUGCCGGAAACUACGAGUUCAUCGACGUGCUGCAAUCGGUAUCAUCCACGUGGCAAAACCGGUACUUCAUUGACCUCGAUUUUGCCUCCGAGUUCGAGAUCGCCAGGCCGACGAGCGAGUACUCGAGACUUUUGCAGUAUUUGCCCAGGGUUUUCGUAGGGAAGCACGAGGAAUUGAAAAAGAUCGUCAAGGUCAUGAGCGAUUCGGCAAAAAGAUCGUUGAAGAGCAAAGAAUUAUCUCUCCCUCCUUGGAGGAAAAACCGUUACAUGCAAAACAAAUGGUUCGGUCCGUACCGUCGCACGACGAACCAAAUGUCAGCGAGCUUUAGCUCGCUGACCCCCGCAAUGAUCCGUCCCGCGAACGUUGUCAAAUGCCGUUACGUUGGGUUCGACGACGCCGUCAACGGCCGUUUGUUUGUCCGUACGAGAUGAUAAUUUGAUAAACGAGAUAAAUAAUUUUCAAAAUUAUAAUAAUAAUAUAAUAAAAAAAGCGUGGAAUAUUUGUAAUCUUUAAUAAUUACUCCAAUAAUUACAAUUUUUUUAGUUUA